AUGUCAAAGAUUAAAGCGGUGUUGAGUCCAAAGAAAUCUACCAAGAAACCACCGGUUAUCCAACAAAAUACUCGUGGCCGACCAACAACAAAGCAGGUACAACAAAGGUUGCACGAGGCCUCUCGCAUAGAUGAAGAAUUGAGGAGAAGCUCCUUCGGUGAUGCAAACACGUCCUUUGAAGGUUCCCGACAAAGCUUAGGUAUGGAUCAGAGUUCAUGGGGGCUCAUUCGAAGGGACCUUGUCCAAGAAAUGGAUCAGAACGAAUCGAUCUGGUUCCCAAUAUUUGAAGCAUGGGAUGAAGGUUAUUUUUACACACAUCGUCAGAGCCUAAUUUGGAAUUCAGUGUCCAGUUGUGGGGAGGAUCACUGGAUGGACUUCCCCUUAGCAGGACUUCUUAUUGCACAAACGUACAGUAUCGGGGUGCACCUGUUAAAGACAACCAUGGGUGCGAGUUCCACUUUCUUCCCGAUACCAAGUCCUCCGGCUAAUCAACAACCAUUAUUCAUAACGGUUACACAUGUUAACGAGAACCACUUCAUACAUGUUAAGCUGGAAGGGGAUUAUCCAAUGCCACCAGCACACGGGCUAUGGUUGAACCACCGAAGACCCCAUACAGAACAAUGGGAAGAUAUGUACUUGGCACGUCUAGAAUGGUAUACAUCGAUAAUGAAUCCUCCGCCAAGAUCAAACCCCAGUCUUAAUUACAUCGAUAGUGAUACGGAAGAAUGA